UUAUAACUCCGCCCUGACCCAAUCUUUUAGUCUCUCCCUCCUCCUCCUCCCGAAACCUCUUCACGAUCAUUCAUUCAUUCUAUCUUCUCGACGUUCCCUCUUUCCCUCUUUCCUUCAAUCGCCCACGGGGAAACACCCCUCAAAAACAACUCUUCAAACUCUCCCCGUUGCGCCUCGAAGCGGGUUCAAAACAGCCUCAACAUACCAUGAAACCACACCAAUUAUUGGUGCUUCAGCCUGUUCGCACAUAAAUUGGGGGACCCCAAUUGAGUCCACCCGUCCCUAACCUCGCUCACCCCAAAAAGGACGCCAUCCAGCCCCAAUUGUCUCUCAAUUCCCCUCGUAUCCGAUCCAAUAUCUUCUGGUCUGCUGUGAUUCAGAUAAGACCCUCCCAAAGGAACCACAACCGAGACAAUUGAAACCUCGACUAUCAUGUCGCCAUACUCACGUGUGCCCGGCUACUGGGACGACGACCAGUCUAGCCACAGUGAUCCCCCGUCUACCCGCUCGUCCAACGACCCUCCAGAGCAUGCAUCUCAUAUUCGCUCGCGAUCUACAGCUCUCGCCCAAAGUCCUAAACGAUUGUCCGUCUUUAGCGGCCGCUCUAGAAGUAACACUACCACUUCGACCUCGUCGCGCCGCUCCCCGGGUUCAUCUAUGACUUCCCUUGAUAGCUCGGUUCCGUCUCAGGACGAGCGGGCCCCCUCUGCGCUGGGUAUGCGAUCUGAUAAGGAGCGCUCGUCGAGGUCACUGCUUGCACGUGGGAGUCGGAUCCUGCGUCGACAGGGAAGCAAGAUCAAUAUCGUCGCCACGCUGGACGAGGAGGACGAAUUGGACAGGAUGCCCCGGGCUGAGAAGCAUGAGAUGUUUGGUCGUCAUCGAGGCCGACAAGUUGAGCAUCACGAACGAUUAAAGAGCAUCAUCUCAGAUCCAUUCGAUUUUCACCAUCUCACUCAUACCAGUCCUUCACAAUUCCAAUCCAUAGAUCAGACUCGUGAGAAUGAUCUUGUCACGGAGUUUUCGGUGAUUCGCGCUUCGCAGCGUCCUGAGGCUGGCCUCAAGGGUAUCCGCGCUGAUGACAUUCAAUUCCGCAACUUGUCCGCCGAUGAUCUCGCUGCCUAUGGAACGGCCACUACGGUCGAUGAGCCCGCGCUGAGUCCACCUGGCUCACCUGCUGCAUCAGGAUCGACCAGCCCGACUCAUGGCCACGUGCGCAGGGAAUCUCGUACUCAUGAGAACUUCUCUCGGCCAGUCUCAAGAUAUCCACGAUCAUGUCCCACGACACCACCUCCCCCAGCAGUGUCAGAGGUCCCCGCCGAGGAAGGCAUGGAGCCAGCCCCGAGAGCCAUUGAUGAGAUCCUGGGAUUGAACAUUGUGCCAACGUAUCCCGAGUGUAUCGAUUCCGAGCGAUCUUCGUCUGCUCAACUGCAAUUCAGCCCCAGUCUUGCUGAUGAGAUGACCGCCCGUACCUCCUCUAUCAGCAGCAAUUACAGUCUUGAAGAGGUUCCCGAGGAGGAAGAGGAAGGAACCAGGUUAUGGGAUAGCCCCGAGGCCAGCACUGGUACUGCGCACUCCCGCUCUACCUCGCACAUAAGUCCCGGUACAGUUCCAGCUCCACCAGCCUCUCGCUUGACAGCUCCCAAGGCCCCGCUGUCCAUCUUCGUGGCCGAAGAGCUCUCGCGCAAGUUCUCUGAAGCUCUGGGCUCGCCAACACUGCCCCAGACUCUGCCUACCACCCCGCCAAAAGAAGACUCCGAGGCCGCCCAGCUGGACACCACGCCUCCACCAGUUUCUGGCGUUCAACAAUUCUCCUACGACGAUGAGAUGUAUGAUUCCUGGGAUGCUGAUAUCGACUACUGCUACGAGCACGCCGCAGAGUCGACCUCCAACUUUGACUGGACGCGCACCUCGCUCGAUGAAACCCGCCCUCAGAUCGGCAUUGCCGGCACAGAGGAGUCCUGGGGCCUCUCCGUACCCCAUAAACCCACCCGACACCUCCAGCCCAGCCCAUUGAGCACCUCUACCCUGGCAACGCCAGACCUCGACUCUUCCUCCGCACGCUCAACCCAACCACCUUCCGCCGCAACACCCUCCACAGAGUAUGAGCGUGCCUUCAUCCGCGGUCCUACAGACUACUUUCACCCCGUCUCCUCCUCCGUCCUCUCCAAACAACUCAACCAAGACAUCCUCUAUGAGGACUUUCUAGACGCCGACGCCGACGCCUCUUCAGACCGCCACUUCCCCUUCGCUCCAGCCGGAAGCAGUAUCCAAAACGCCUCUCCACGCUCUAGCUUCUCCCCCAUCAGCAAAUGCAACUCCCAGGAAAGUCUCAUGCUCUCCCGCGCCGCGAGCAUCGUCCGGAAACACCGCUCCUCCGUCUCGACCACCUCCGUCCCAGAACUAGUUCACUCGCUGUCCAGCUCUCGCGAACUCAUGCCAACAGACCGUCUCAGCGCUGCGGAAAUCCUGGCCCGUCCGGCUUCGAGUUCUCUGCAUCGUCAGACGAAGAGUUUGGCUGAGGCGCAUCUGCUCAUGCAUGCUGAUAGCAGUGCUAGUCUGGCGAGUGCGGAGACGGCUCCGGCUGCGUUGCAUGAUCGGUCCAAGAGUAUUUCUGAGAUUGAGAGCGAGGAUGUUGUUGCUAUGGCUGUUACACCUCCAUUGCCGGCUGUGCCGAUGAAGAAUCCCAAUCGUAAGAAGAGUCGGACGACUUCUUACUCUCUUUUCCCUACGCCCGCGAAUUGAGUUCGCCUGCGUUUCUCUCCCUCUUUUCCCCCUCCUUUUCCUUUUCUCUCUUUGAUUCUGCUUUUGGAGCUACUUGGAAGACAAAAUUCGUGGUUGCAUAUUCUGCCAUUUUGUUUUUCGUCUCGUUUCUGCUUUUACUCUCUGUCCGUGAUAGAUCGAUCUCCAUGAGUCCAUGACCCCCUGCUACAUUUCCUUGUCUUGUCUCGUCUCGUUUUGUUUGAACACAUCCCGUCGUUGAACUUUUCUCCUUUCCCGUCUCUGUCUUACGAGGUCUACGUCUCUGUAUACCUUGAACCUAUCCAUCUGAUCUGUCUACAAGCACAUGUUUUAUACGCGCUCUCGUUAUCCUGAUUUCCUUUGCCUUUGCUUUUACCUCGGUCUUUCUGUUUGGCCAUCUGUCCCAUCAAUCCGUCGUUUGCAAUUUCCCUUUUGUCUUGUCUUAUCUUGUUCGAUGCAUUUCUCAGCGAUAUCGGUAUCGGUUCUGGUUCGGUGUCUGGAGGCGGGGUGGAAAAGCCCGGAGAAAAAGCAAUUGGAAAAAAGAAUAUCUUUUUCUGGUUUGGUUUUGGUAUGGAUUGGAUUGGAGUGGAUUGGAUUGGGCUUAUCUUCAUCUUCAUCUGGUUAGAUGCCUGAUUCUGGUUGUUGGAUGUCUGAUUUUUGAUUUUGAUUGAAUCAUUCGCUAUGCCUAGCCUAGCCCGGCCUGGCCUGGUCUGGCUCUUGUCUCUUUCUCUUUUUUUUUUGCCGCUGAUGUUAGCAGCUCUUUUGAGUUUCUUAUCUUAUAGAGUGGCGGUAUGGCGAAUGUCAUAUCCCAAUGUAUGCCUG